UUCUGCAGGGGAUGAACUGGCGCUGUGGUCAUUUACACCGUGGGAGCGGCUCCAGUCGGCGUCCCUCGGACCAGUUCCGCCUUCCUUUAUUUUUGUUUUUUUCCCGAAGGAGUUUCAUCCAUGAUGAACUUUGCUGCUCAACUCUUCUACUCCACCUACCUCCAAGAGCGACUGGAGCAACUGUACUCACCUAAGCCUGCAGUGAAAGGCAGCGAGGAGAAUGACCCCUUCUGGCAGAGGGAGGAGCUGCGUCUCGGUCCAGAACAACAAGACCACUUCCACAAGGCCGGGCCAGUCCAAAACGGCACAGUUGGACGGAGAGCCACGCUCAUCGAGCCAGAGAGGUUGAAGGACUUUGGUGUGGAGGAACUUCUCAAUGGAGACGUGAAGGUCCAUGAGAGCAGAGUAGCUCAGCGAACAGAGGUCAAGCUCAAGAGCCCGCCGAAGACCAGACGACUCAGCGAGUUCAGGGUGGUGCCCAGGCCGCCCAUCCAGUACCUGCGAUUUGAAGACAUCAGCGCUGCUGCCUUCAGGAUCCAGUCAGGGAUUCAGAAGACGCCAUGCACGUACUCCAGACUCUCCAAGCAGUACGGGAUGGAGAUCUUCCUCAAAAAGGAGCACCUGCACUACACCGGCUCGGCCAAGGAGCGAGGAGCUUUAUACAUGCUCACAUCUCUAACACAGGAGCAGCAAAGGAAGGGUGUGAUCGUAGCCACCGACUGCAACUUCUCCAUGGCCGUGUCUCACCACGCCGUCGAGCUGAAGAUCCCCGUCUUUGUAAUCAUGCCGUCUUGCUGCACCUCAUCCCGUCUGCGGAUCUACAGGGACUACGGCGCCAUGGUCAUUUCCUACGGGAGCACCAGUCGGGACUCCCAAAACCACGCGCGCCACCUCGCCAAUGAGAACGGCUACCUCUACGUGGACGAGGAGGAAAGCCCGUCAUACCUGGCCGGUCUGGGAACCGUGGGAAUGGAGAUCUACGAACAAGUCCCCAAACUGGAGGCCGUGGUGGUGCCGGCUGCUGGACAGUACGGCCUAUUGGCUGGUACUGCAGCCGCCAUCAAACACCUCAACUCCCAAAUUCUUGUCAUCGGAGUUGAACCAGAAGGUUUCCCUCUGCUGCGUCAGUCUCUGAAAACAGAUGGUCCCGUCAGAGAGGUUCACAGCAACCAAAAUACCAAACUAUACGGAGAUCUGGUGGAGCGGUCUCUCGGCGCCAACACCUUCCAUCUGGCCAAGACUCUGGUCGACAAAGUCGUCUCCGUCAGUGAGGAGGACUCUCUGGUGGCGAUGCUACGGUUUCAGGAGUUUGAGCGUUCGACGGUGGACACAGAGGGAGCUCUGGGCCUCGCUGCCAUCCUGGCGGGUCAGCUACCCGAACUCAGAGGGAAGCGAGUGGCUGUGGUGGUGAGCAGCGCCAACAUGGAUCUGGAGGUGGUGAGGCAGUGCGUGGACCGGGCUCUGGUGCUGGACGACCGGGUCAGCAAGUUCUCGGUGCAGCUGGGCGAGUGGCCCGGAGACAUGGCCAAGCUGCUGGACAUCUUGUCCAGAGAAGACAUCAGGCUCCUCGACGUCUGCCACCGGAGACACAGUGACAGGGCUGACAUUUUCAAAGCCAAGGUGGAGUGUGUGGUGGAGACCAGGGACAAGACGCAGAGCGCACACCUGAGGAAGAUGCUGAGCGAGCGCUAUCCAUCGCUGUGCUGGUUGGACCGGUGAUCACCAGGACACGACCCGGAGGCUUGUAAAUAAACACUCGUGUUUCAGACUGUCGACAAAGCUUUCCACGCCUUGAGAACAUAGAGUGAGUGAGUGACACUUGUGUCUCCUCUGCUGCUCCCGCUGCUGUGCUAGUUUCAUUACGGAGCCGAGUGAUGCUCCUUAGCAGCUGAGAUUAAAGCUUCGACAUGAGCUCGUCCUUCUUUAACGUAUCGCUGAACUAGACGCCAGAGGCAGUGUGUAUUUAUCAUUUCCCAUUGUUUACAAGCUGAUAUGUAUAUACCUUGUAUUUGUACGGUUGAAGUUGCUAGCGCAGAAAUAUUCUCUGAAUAAAAGAAU